GAAGCCCAGGCUCAAAGUGCCAACUGACUUUGCAUAAUCUUUUUUUCAUUCUCCCUUUAGUAACAGAAGAAAGCUACUCCUCUGUGAACUUGUGCUAGAUCAGGCAAACAUGUCUGCAGUAUGUGGCUUCGUUGCGCUCCACACUGGGCAGAAGAUGCCUCUUGUAGGACUGGGAACUUGGAAAAGUGAUCGUGGCCAAGUGAAAGCAGCAGUGAAAUAUGCCCUACGUGUGGGGUAUCACCACAUCGAUUGCGCAGCAGCUUACAGCAAUGAAACGGAGAUCGGUGAGGCUUUCCAGGAAUGCCUUGGGUCCAACAAGGUUAUUAAAAGGGAGGACCUGUUUGUAACAUCAAAGCUCUGGAAUACCAAGCACCACCCAGAAGAUGUAGAGCCAGCGCUAAGGAAGACACUUGGAGAUUUGAAACUGGAUUACCUGGACCUGUACCUCAUGCACUGGCCUCAUGCCUUUGAGCGAGGGGACAAUCUCUUCCCAAAGAAUCCGGAUAACACGAUGCGUUAUGAUUACACUGAUUACAAGGAUACCUGGAAGGCUAUGGAGAAGCUAGUAGAAAAAGGUCUUGUAAAAGCCAUUGGGCUGUCAAAUUUCAACAGGCGUCAGAUCGAUGAUGUGCUUAGUGUGGCUACUGUCAAACCAGCUGUGCUCCAGGUAGAAUGCCAUCCUUACCUAGCUCAGAACGAGCUGAUAGCUCACUGCCAGAAACAAGGACUGGUUGUCACUGCCUACAGUCCCCUUGGUUCUCCAGAUCGCACCUGGAAACACCCGGAUGAGCCUGUGCUUCUAGAAGAACCUGGGAUCAAAAAACUGGCAGAAAAAUACAGCAAGUCACCUGCACAGAUCAUUCUCAGAUGGCAAGUGCAGCGCAAAGUGGUUGUCAUUCCCAAGAGUGUCACUCCCGCUCGCAUUCAGCAGAAUCUCCAGGUGUUUGAUUUCAGCCUCACAGAAGAGGAGAUGAGCCACAUUGGAAGCCUGAAUAAAAACUGGCGCUACAUUGUGCCAAUGGUUACGGUGGAUGGAAAACUAGUAGCAAGAGAUGCUGGACACCCCCAUUACCCCUUCAAUGACCCCUAUUAACUACUAGAAAAUAAGGCUUAGAGUAACAUGCUCCCCUGCAUGUCUUUCCACAAAAUAAUUGUUGUCACAAUUUGUAAAAAAAAAAAAAAAGUUUAAAUAAAACCUUUCUUCCUGAGUAGGUUUACUUACAAUGUCCUCUUCUAAUUGACCUCCUUUUUGGAGAUAGUGUAGCUUCCAUGUCAAAGUUUGUGGAUUUAUAACAAUGACUGCAAGCUUGCUCCUGGAAGCAUCAAAUCUUUGGGGGGUUAGAUAAAGAGUGGGGGAGUCUAAAUCAAGUUCCAAACAUAUCAUUAUCAAGCAAAGGUAAUACUGGGGGUUUACUGCCUUUGAGAAAGUUUUGAAAGCUUUAGUUAUUACCAUAAGGGGAGGGAAAAAAAAAUGGCAUGAAAGCAUUCUAAGACUAAACAGCUGCUCAGCCAUCAACUUUUUGCCUGUAGAUUUGAGAAGAAUAAAUGCAUACCCUGGAGCAGGCCUUCAGGGCAGUCCUCCCUGCUUGUCAAUGGAUAAGUUUCAGCUCAGACAAUAGUGCUGAUUGUCCUAUCACAAAAGCCUCAAGAACUUUUUAGCAAGUCUUGUAGAAAAACAUCCUGCUUUUUCCCCUAAAUUUGACCAGUGUCUGUUUACCAAGAAUUUCCAGUUUUGAGUUCUGGAAGGUCACAAAAUUAGAGCAGUGACCCGUCAGAGGGCCCCUUCCAUUUUAAUGUCACGUUUUUGACUGCUGCCUGGGUUGGUACCUGGGAGAACUGGUCCUGUCUCCUGUUCUACUGCUGACCCACUGGUAACACUGGGCAAGUCACUUGCCUUUCCUGUGCCUCUGUUUUCCCACUUGCCAUGUCUCUUUGUUACUCUCUGGCAGGGAAUUUACUGAGUGCUGAUAAACCGUUGAGCAGAACUGGAACCCUAUCUCUAACAACGGUUUUAUUUUGUUUCAGUCUCUUAUUAAUUAUCUGGCCAUCUGAGUACAAAGGGCAGGAGGGUUAGUACCUACCAGUGCUCUGAUGGUGAUACCUUCUGUGGCCUUAGCAAUGUUAACACUUUAUUUUGGUUUUUUCUACCUAUAAAAUAGAAAUAAUGCUCAUUUGCCUCUGGGCAGAUGGAGUAGCAAGGCAGAGUUUCUAAAGACCUCUCAGAUUUAAAACAAAGGAACUCUUUCAGAUCUGUUGAUGCCAUUCAGAGACAGUCAUAGGCAUGACUUCUCAUUUGCUGCCAAAUAAAGAAAGCUUAACUGACUGCAAGUGAAAUAGAGAACACUUUUUUUUGUUUGUUUUUCCCCUAGCCAUAACAAACAUAGAAUUAGAACAAUAAUAAUCUGUAUUCAAAUAGUUCAAAAAUUAAAGAAUUAAUUUUUUUUUUUAGCAUUUAGAGUAGGCCUAUAGUGAAACUAUAUUCAUUUCAAGCAUAAUGCUUCCUCAAGUAUUUCCUGCCCUGGGCCUCACAGCACGCAGCCAAAUGAGAACAAACCCGUUUAUCGCUUUUUGUAAUCAUUAUGUAAAAUUUAAAGAACUUCUGUUCCUCAGUAAAGUGUUUCCUAAUUUUUGCUGAAUUUACCUCAGUGGAGAAAGCCAUUACAGCUCAGUUAGGAUUCUUUACUAGACUGGAUGUUUUCCUCUAAGGGAAAUGAAAUCCCUGUUGCCUUUUUAUUAUUCUAAUCAAACACGGAUGACUUUGAAUACGGUUCUUACUGCAAAUCAGUAGGGAAGCAAUUUUACUUUGAAGGUGCUUCGUAGAAUGUUAACAGCAGUCAUCCUGCCAAGUGGCUUUUCUUGCAUGUAUUUCCACUUGCAUGUUUGAAUGUCUUAAAUAAAUACUGUACUUGGUGUA